AUGACGCGCUUCCUCACAAUCGCAGCUCUGGCCUCAGCUGCCUUGGCCACACCAGCAAACUGCGACCUCAAAGUUCCCUCAGUCAACGUCCCCUCAUGCUCUCGCGGCGUGGGCACCGUCAAAUACGACAAGACUGUUCCGGACCUGAAGCCCUUCCCUCGCACUCAGGUAGACCUCUGCUAUACCGACACGCAUAUCGACAUUAAGUUCACCGCCCGCGAUGAGGUAAACUUCUACUUUAACUCGUCGCAGGGCACCAAUGGCGAUAUCUGGAUGUAUGAAGUUAUGGAGGCUUUCAUCUACAAGGGCACGGAUAACCCGCAGACCUAUCUUGAGUUUGAGGUCAACCCCAACAACGUCACCUACCAGGCGUUCGUUUAUAAUCCCUCCAAGGUGCGCGCCACGGGUGCUCCCUUUGACCACUUCUUCGUGUCAGACCCUGCUACAGAUGGGUUUAGUUCUGUGACCAAGCUGGACAAGCCGAAGCAGCUGUGGGUGAGCGAUGUGAAGAUUCCUUUGGGUCUAUUCAAUGUCGACUCUGGCAAGGCUAGGGGUACGCAGUGGAGGAUGAACUUUUUCCGGACUGUUGUUAGUCCCCAGACCUAUCCGGACCAGGGACUCGGUGCGUGGAGUCCUCCUAACAAGGCGAGCUUCCACAUUACUCCUUACUUUGGAAAGGUGAAGUUUGUAUAA